CAAAAGCCCGCCCCUUUACUUGAAUGACUGGCCCCUCCCCCGUACUGGCCCCGCCCACUCUGCCUGUAAUCGCUGCAGUGAUGUGAAUGGCGCUGAGAGACCGAGGGGAAGGAAGAGAAACACCGACAGCGUUCGGUUCAGAAGGAAAAUCCCCCAAAUGACACGAGAAAGAACAGAAACCCCGCUGUAAAAUGGAGGAUAGCUUUGAUUGUGACUGUGGUGAGCUGGAGCCACCUGAUCACUGAGGGAGAGCGUUUGUGCUAAACUUAUCCAACCUUGCUGCUCCUCACCCCACACACACACACACACACACACACACACACACACACACCCCAGACCAGACGGUGCUCAGUUUAUCACGUUAGGAUCGUAAUGCUGCUGCCGCUCAGGACCAGUCGCACACUGAACGCAUCAGCACUGUGAGGAUGCUGCUGCUGCUGCUAUUGGCUCUCACACGUGCAUGUCAUCACUGAUCACACACCCAUUCCAUUCCACAGUCUGGGGCUUCACAGGAACACUAGAGUUUAAACCCACAGGCCUGUUUUGUGUUCUUCUCAUUAACACACUCUGAGCUGUGACAAAGCUCUGAGGACUUUUUUUUUUCCUCUCCACUCAGAAGGUGAAUCUCUCUUUCAGCUCAAACAGCAUCUCUUAUCAAACCUCACGUAAAAUAUUCUAGAGAAAGAAGAUAAAAUCGAUUCCUGAAUCUUUCGUGGUCCUGUUGUGUAAAAUGGCUGAGAAAUUUGAGAGCCUGAUGAACAUCCAUGGGUUUGACCUGGGCCCCCGGUACACGGACCUGAAGCCCCUCGGGUACGGAGGGAACGGCCUGGUGUUCUCAGCUGUGGACCAGGACUGUGACAAGCGCGUAGCUGUGAAAAAGAUCAUCCUGACUGAUGCGCAGAGCGUCAAACACGCGUUGCGGGAGAUCAAGAUCAUCCGCCGCCUCGACCACGACAACAUCGUGCGCGUGUUUGAGACGCUAGGGCCGAGCGGGCGGCGUCUGAGCGAGGACGCCAGCUCUCUGACGGAGGUCAACUCUGUGUACAUCGUGCAGGAAUACGUGGAGACGGACCUGUGCACCGUGCUGGACCAGGGCCCGCUCUCUGAGGAACACGCACGCCUCUUCGUCUACCAGCUGCUGCGCGGACUCAAGUACAUUCACUCGGCCAACGUCCUGCACAGAGACCUCAAACCCGCCAACCUGUUCGUCAACACAGAGGACCUGGUGCUCAAGAUCGGUGACUUCGGCCUGGCUCGCAUCAUGGACCCCCACUACUCACACAAGGGUCACCUGUCAGAAGGUCUGGUCACAAAGUGGUAUCGUUCCCCUCGCCUUCUUCUCUCCCCUAAUAACUACACUAAAGCCAUCGACAUGUGGGCAGCAGGCUGCAUCUUUGCCGAGAUGCUGACGGGAAAAACACUGUUUGCAGGUGCUCAUGAGUUGGAGCAGAUGCAGUUGAUCCUGGAGUCGAUCCCCGUGAUCCAUGAGGAGGACAGACAGGAGUUACAGAGCGUCAUCCCUGUGUUUAUUAAAAAUGACAUGACUGUACCACACACUCCACUCGCUAAACUGCUCCCAGGUGUCAGCACUGAGGCUCUGGACUUUUUGGAAAAGAUCUUGACCUUUAACCCCAUGGACCGGUUGACGGCGGAGGAGGCUCUGGCUCACCCCUACAUGAGUGUGUACUCGUUCCCUCUGGACGAACCCGUGUCCUCUCACCCCUUCCACAUCGAGGACGAGGUGGACGACAUCCUGCUCAUGGACGAGAGCCACAGUCAUGUGUACAACUGGGACAGGUACCAUGAGAGUCAGUUAUCAGAGCCAGAGUGGCCUCUGCAGAGUGUGGGGGAGGUGGAGGAGGUGCAGCGUGACCCACGCGCCAUGUCUGACAUCACAGACGACGAGGAAGCUCAGCUUGACCCGCGCAAGUACGCAGACGCAGAGAGCGAGAAGUUCCUGGACGAGCAGCCGUUCGACACGGCACCGAGUCUGCGCCGUGACGAGAGCGUCCACCACGAGAACAAGUACUGUGAGCUGGAGUGCGGCCACACGUGCAACUACAAGGCGGCGUCCCAGUCGUACCUGGACAACCUGAUCUGGAGAGAGAGCGAAGUGAACCACUACUACGAGCCCAAGCUCAUCAUCGACCUCUCCAACUGGAAAGAGCAGCAGAGCAAAGAGAGAGCAGACCGCAAGAGCAAGAGCAAGUGUGAGAAGAACGGCCUGGUGAAGGCUCAGCUGGACAAGGAGAAGCACCAGCAUCAACACCAUCAGGGCUUCGACUUCGACUCCUUCAUCGCCGGCACCAUCCGACUCAGCCUGCAGCCCGAGAGCCGCGACAUCGGCCUCCUCAACGAGCUCAACACCUCUGUGUCUCAGCUCGGGAAAUCAGCCAGUCAGGAGAAGGACGAGAAGUGUCAGGUGAACUUGGCUCAUCAGUGCCCGUGGGAGAGCAGCGGGACAGAGAGCUGUCUGAUCGACCAGGCGUGCUGGGACCAGCAGAAAGACGGAGGAGGAUACGGAGGAGGAUACACCAGCUACCUAGAUCGCCUCUUCAGCAAAAAAGAGGACGAGGACGCGUCCGUCUGCUCCCCAGACACGUCCCCGGACGCGGAGCCUCAGAGGGACGAAACCGUGCCCCGACUCGGCGGCGAGAUCGUCCUCGAGUCUCUCGGGUUCGACGCUAAAAAAUCUCUGCAGGCUCACGUCAGGUGUUCACCUCAGAUCGCCCACAAGACCUACAGCAGCAUCCUCAAACACCUGAAUUAAACAGCCACGAGCAGGUUAUACCACACGUCCGUGUUCAGGACGCGCCGCACCGUCAGCACCGACACUUCAGCAAAACACCUGCAGGGGGCGGAGUCAGCGCUCCUGAGCCAAUUACAGGGCGCCGUUUCUCUGUCGCGACAAUCCGUUAGCGUUAUUCUGAAGUGUCCGCGUUUCAACAGAGCGACGCUUCUAAAGCUCACAAUGUGUCAUAUAACCAAAACACACACUCACACACACCCACACACACUCUCACACACACACACACGGCUACGUUUCAGUUUUCUUUCUGGUUAACGGUUCAGAGAGAGAGAGAGAGAGAGAGAGUCAUAUUCAUCAUCAGUUCUUGGUUCACUAAAGAGAUUCAGUGUUCAUGCUUUUUUUUUCUCCUCCAGAAAUAUAAAAACAGGAAAAAAUAUAAGUAAGGAAAAAAAACCUCCCCAGAAACGAGACUGCAUGCCAUUUGCACACAGCAUCCUGUAGAGCCGUACACACGCUAGAGGAACCAUCGCAAACCUUUAGAGUAAACACAGAUAAACAGACGAGGGAGGGGGAACGACGACGCACUAACCGUGAGACCGGUGACGUCACCCACAUCGUGACCGCCUCCUUUUCCUCCUCUUUUUUAAAAAAAACAAAACAAAAAAAACGAUCCGUUUAUUUCUCGUCUUUCGCACGCACCAAAGUCCCUCCGCUCUUCUCUCCUUUAAUCUUUUCGCUUUAUUUAUUUUUCACGCAGUUCCAAAGCUUUUUUUCUAUUUAUCAACCUGCUCCUUAUUCUGAUGAUUAUAUUGUAUAACAUUUUGCUUGCUGUUCUGUUUCCCUUCAGCACACACACACUGUUUAUUUUCAUAUAAACCUUUCAUUAUAUAUAUAUAUAUUAUAUUAUUUUUGUUUACUCUCUGCAGUCGUCUGCUCUUGUUUAUUUCUUAUCACUUGAAUAUUUUUCCACUUUUCCCCCCCCAUAAAGAUUAAGAUCUUUUUUUUUUUCUCUUUUCUAGUGAAAUAUAUUUUUGGAGACACAAAUCUAUUUUGAAGUGUUUUAUUAAUUUUGUCGAUCCUGAUAUUUUACCUGCUCUGUUCUUACCAUCAGUUCCUUUUUUCUCUCCACACUACGUUCUUUUGUCCUCCAUGUUUUUUUCCCUUUCAUCCUGAUCAGGUUUUUAUUUUUUUUUAAUUAUAGUAUUUUGUCCUGUUCUAAUCGUCCCUGUUUAACCCUAUUAUUAUACUUUAUUACCCUUUGUUUUCCUCUCGCAAAUAGUAACUACCCCAAGCUUUUUUUUUUAAUACCUUUUACUGCCCCAAGCAGAUUUCUUCGACUAUUUUCUAUUCUAUAUCUUUUCUGUCCUCUUUCUCUCUCUCUCUCGCACCAUCAUUUCACCUCCUCCACCUUCCCCCUCUCUCCUCCCUCGCCGUCGGUGACGUCUCCGUACGGUAGGUGUUUAAUUCAGACCCGAUGCCAGCAGCAGCUCAGCCGUUUGUUUGGUUUUAUUUUAAACUGUAGGUUAACGUAAGUGUUAUCUACCUCAGAGGUAACUGUAGACGCGUGUGUGUCAGUGUCACUCGCCCUGUAUGACCUUUCAGUGCCCGAUCACAUGGCUGUUGUUUUUUUUUUUUUCUUUCUUUCUUUUUUUCCUCUCUUUUCUUUUUCGCCAUAGUGAAGUGUUAAGAUCACGUAUUUAUUUUAACCGUAACUUGUGAUAUCUAUUUAUUUUAAGAGCUGUCAUUGUUUUGCAAUGUGACUCUGAAUGGCGACUGAGGCAUUGAACUUCCAUCGUGCGUGUGUGUGUGUGUGUGUGUGUGUGUAAAAACAGCUGGAGGAUACUCGUCCUUUGUGAAGAACUGUUUUUCCAGCGUUCCUUUUAAAGGAAAUGAUCGUUUGUUUGUUUGUUUGUUUGUUUUUUUAACUUGGAGGUGCAGAAGUGAAUCGUGGUGAUACGGAAUCAGAGCACCUAGAAGUCUUAACGUCCGAGUUUGUUUUCCCUCCUUCUUUUUUAUAUACCUGUGCAGUUAGAAACGUGUGCAUGGAAGAUCUCCUAUAGAAGGUACAUCUAAAGCGAAGUUAAAGGUGCCGUCGUCCUCCUCCUUUAUUUUAUCCUACGUUUUUAUUUUCUCCCACGUGAGCAUGAUAAAGGUUUAAGCUGCUUUAUAGCAUGUAGUAGAGCUAUGGACUUCUCUUUUUAUUGUUUUUUUAUUUUAUUUUAUUUUAUGUUUUUUGUUGAACUGAUAUUCCGUUGGUUCUCUUGUAAAAUAAAUCAAAUAAAAAGGCCGGUGAAAUCGA